UGACCUCUCCCCAUCAAAACCAUCAACAUUUUCUCUCUCUCUCUCUCAAACACACCAAUCUCUCUCUCUUUCUCUCUCUCUCUCUCCAUGGCUGAUGUUCAUCAUGGAGGAGCACAAGGCAUCAAGCUAUUUGGCACAACAAUUGCAGUACAAAUCAGACAACAACAACAACAACAACAACAACAACAACAACAAACAACAAAAGAUGAUCAUCCAAACAAAGCUGAUGACGAUCAUCAUCAUGAUCAAACAAUAACAGACAAGAGACCAGACAAGAUCAUACCAUGUCCUAGGUGCAAAUCCAUGGAAACCAAGUUUUGUUAUUUCAACAACUACAAUGUUAAUCAACCUAGACACUUCUGCAAAGGCUGCCAGCGGUACUGGACCGCCGGUGGGGCCCUCCGCAACGUCCCCGUCGGUGCUGGCCGCCGCAAGGCCAAGCCGCCCUGCCGGACCUUCGCCGGAGGAUUCUCCGAUAGUUGCUUCUUUGAUGCUUCUUCUGUCCAACAGAUUGAAUUUGCUGAUGGGGUGGUGGUGGAGGAGGAGGAGUGGCGGCGGUUGGCGGCGCACGGUGGUUUCCACCGUGUUUUUCCGGUGAAGAGGCGGAGGAGCACUUCCUCAGGUGGUGGUCAAAGUUGUUGAUCUUGUUCUUUGUCUUCUUUUGUAGUUUAAUAAUUUUUAUAUAAAAAAAUGAUUUAUAGAAUUAUUAUUUAUUAUUGUUAGUGAUUUAAUGGUGGUGGUGUAUAUAGAAGAUGGGUUGGUUAAUUAAUAAUUUAAUUGACCAAUGAUUUGUGUAGUUAUGUGGAUCAGCAAUUCAGUUUAAAGAAAUUACUUGGAGAGUUACAUGAAGUUGGCUGACCUUUUUCA